UCCAAAUUUUAUUCGCGAAAACCAUUAAUCCAAUCUCUCUUCUCUCUCUCUCUCUCUCUCUUCUGUGGUAUUUUUGAGUUGAAGUCCUUUAAAGCCCUUAAAUUGACGGAAGCACCCCAAAAACCAAUCUCCGAAACUCCACUGUCAAAAAGUGCACGACGAUUCCAUUACUCAAUUUCAACUCUUGGUUGACCGAUAUUCCUCUCUGUGGAUUUUUUUUCUCCCCCAUUUUCUUUUUUCUCUCUAUUGCUUUCCUAUUUCCUUUUUCCAUUAGGGUUUUAAUGAGGAAUUAGUAAUUUCUUUCGGAAAAAAAAGGUGGUUUUACCUUGCGUUAAUGGAGGUGCCGCCCCCCGCCCCCACUGCCGCGCGGAAUGGCGGAUUUACGAUGCCGCCGCUGCCCUCGUCUUCAUCUCAGCCUUCUCGCAAGGAGUGGCGCGUUGUUUCCGAGCAAUCGCCUCGAAACUCCGCUACCGAGGUGGAGUUGGAUCGUUCAAAACUAGUUCAGUCCGAUGAGAGAUUGAUAUACGAGGUACAGCAUGGGAGGGAGCCAGUGGAUGUGGAUUUUUGCGCUAUAACUAUCGAUGGGGAUUUGGAUAACAAUAUUUUGCAGCAAAGACUUCAUGCAUUGGCAAAGAAAAGGGAGGAGUUGCAGCAUAUGGAGAUUGAGCUUCGUGCACAGAACAUUGCGAGAUCUGAGAUUACCAGAAUUCACAAUACAUUUGAUGCUCAACUAAAAGAGCAUGGAAAUGUUAAUGUUAAGCUGCAGGAGCAAUUGCACGAAAAGGAACAGAAGAUACGUGAGCUGGAGAGGAAGAUGGAAGACAAGGAUAGAGAAUUGCAUGCUAUUAGAUUGGACAAUGAAGCGGCCUGGGCCAAAGAGGACCUUUUGAGGGAACAAAGCAAAGAGCUCCAGAGCUACAGGAGGGAAAGAGACAGCUCUGAAGCUGAAAGGGUGCAACAUAUUAAUCAAAUCCGGGAACUUCAGGAACAUAUUCAAGAGAAAGAUCGCCUGUUCAUGGAGUUGCAAGAACAGCAUAGGAUUGCCCAAGAAACCAUUAUUUUCAAAGAAGAGCAGUUACGAGAGGCACAAGCGUGGAUGACUCGUGCACAGGAAAUGGAUGCUUUACAGUCAACUACUAACCACACUUUACAAGCUGAGCUGCGAGAACGUACGGAACAUUAUAAUCAACUCUGGGUUGCUUGUCAAAGACAGUUUGGUGAGAUGGAAAGACUUCAUUUGCAUAUACAACAGCUCCAGCUUGAAUUGGUUGAUGCUAGAGAGAAGACUGGAAAUAACAUUGAUGGUUCAAGUAUCUCUCAUAAAAAUCUGAUUGAUGCUUCUAAAACUGAACAGAGCAAUGGUAGCCAGCAGGAUGUGAAUAGUAAUGGUUCACAGAGUAUAGACAUUGGCAGCCUACAAAAUGGAAGAUAUGAAUGUGUUCCUGGUGGAAACACAUCAACACAGGCUGACAAUGUUCAUGUUGUUGCCUUUGCUCCUUCAUCCCUUCUUGGCAUGCCACCCUAUGCGCCACCAGGACAGGUGACUGCUUUGCAUCCAUUUGUAAUGCAUCAACAAGGUGUUCCUCACCCAUCACAUGUUAUGCAAUCUCACUUUCACGCUGUAUCCACAAUGCCCACCAUUCAAAAUUGGCAGCAAGGUCAACCAGAUGGCCAACAUGCUCCUAUCCAUGAUCAGGAAACCGAACAAAAUUUGGUGAAAACUCACUCUACUCUUGACUACGAAGCUUCUGGGAAUGGUCAGAUUCUUCAUGUGAAUGAUUUGGUUUCGAAUAUCAGUCAAGGAUUAGAUGCUGAUUCGAUCCCAUCAGCAAAUGGAGAUGGCAAGGUUCUUGACUCCAUUGGAAAUAAUUAUGACAAUACACAAUCUCCUGAGAGCUUGCAGCAAGUGUCUUCCCAUUUUCGGGACGCGCUUAAUUUGAAUCAUCUAGAACAUGGCAAUGACUCUAAGCCACAGGAGAAGCAAGUGAACCAAGUUCGUGACCAUGGAAUGGAAAACAAGAGCACAAUGGAACACCCUGAUCUUGCUGGCCUGGCGUCAUCCGAGAGAGUUGCUAAUGUUAAGAAUUUCAGUGAGAAGACCACAAAUAAUGGAUCGACUACUGAUACAGCUGAUGUAUCUGUCUUUGCUGGGCAGAAAAAUAUCCCAGGAAACACUGCAGAAAGUUAUCUACUGGAUGAGAGAGUAUUAUUGGCUUCUAUAGCACGCACAAUAGGCUCUGGUGGCCGAAUUAGGAUUAGUUCUACGCUUCCAAAUAGACUUGGGAAAAUGCUUGCGCCACUUCACUGGCAUGAUUACAAAAAGAAGUACGGAAAGCUUGAUGAUUUUGUAGCUGGUCAUUCUGAAUUGUUUUUUAUUGAGGGCGAUUACAUUCAGCUUCGUGAAGGGGCACAAGAAACCAUAGCAGCCUCAGCAGCUGUUGCCAAAGUUGCUGCAGCUGCAGCUGCAGCUCCAUCAUCAUACUCAUCAUUGUUGCCUUCUGUAGCAGUCACUCCUAUGGCUCAGUCCCAUCGACUGAAGAAGGCCUCACCUCUUGACUCGUCUUAUGUAAUUGUUGACAAGGACAGCUUUAACGAGUUUGGUGGUCCUAGACCUUUGAAUGUGAAUGACCAUCCUUCUCAGUUAUCAGCUGCGCAAAGCCAGAACAUAAAUGGUUUUCCACUUCGUGUUCCUGGAGGAACAUCAAAUGUCAAAAUUUUGAGCAAAGCUAAAGAUCAUUUGGAGCUGAAUGGUAAUGAGACUGGAUUUGGCCGCUCUACGCUGCAGCCAGUUGGCAAGGGUGGAUCUCAUGGGAGGCCUGGAAUGAGUUCAACUGGGAAACAACACAGGGCAGCUGUGGCUGUGUCAAAUGUGAGAAGAUAGAUAUGCUAUGAAUCCCUUUUGUAGGCAAUGUCAGUAUUACUAUAUUGUUGGCAACUUGGCAUCAAUUGCCGAAGAAAGAAUUGGAUAGGAUGAUUGGCAGAAGGCUUUAAAAUCUCAAGUUAAGUUGUCCAGUUACUUUUUUACCCUGUGCAAAUCGAUUCAAGAUACUUGUUAUUUAAUAUAUUUGUUCUCUUAAAUUUGGAUUUCUCAAAUUUUUUGUUUCUUGUGUUGAGAAUGCAUUGAUGAAAAUGUGAUGCAGCGAGCAUUUUAAUUUUUUGGUUAAUGGAAAGGCAAUGCUAUAUUUUCAUAA